GAAUAAAAAAAAAAUAAUAAUAAUAAUAAUAAUAACUACUCUUCCUGCAUCUCUUCUUCUUCGUCGUCUGUCUUCAACUUGCACCCGAUUCCUUCCGGAUCUUACGCGAGUGCUCUGUUCAGGGAGAGAUGCUUUUAUGAUGUACCAGUGAUAUUUACCAUCAAAUUUUAGUAUCAUCAUCUCUCUUUCUUCCUCUGUUAUCCAUUCACAAGUUUGAGCCCUUUUUUUCUUGACAAAAAGGGGGACAUAGCUUGUCGUGUGGGUGAGAAUUAGGAAGGAUUUGGAUUUAGAUCAUGCCUUAUUUUGCUCAGAGGCUUUAUAAUACUUGCAAGGCCUCAUUCUCUUCAGACGGACCAAUCUCAGAGGACAGUCUUGACAAAGUUCGCAAUGUCUUGGAGAAAAUCAAGCCAUCUGAUGUUGGAAUCGAGCAGGAAGCUCAAUUAGCACGAACCAGGUCUGGUGGUUCUCUCAAUGGAAAUCAGCAGUCGCCUCCAGAAAUAAAGUAUUAUCAUUUGCAUGAGUGUGGCAGUUUCUCUAUUGGAAUUUUCUGUAUGCCACCUUCCUCUAUGAUACCACUACAUAACCAUCCAGGAAUGACUGUGGUAAGCAAGCUCAUAUAUGGUUCAAUGCAUGUGAAGUCAUAUGACUGGAUAGAGCCUUACCCGACCGAACCAGAAGAUCCAUCCCAAGCGGCAAGACCCGCUAAACUGGUUAAGGAUACUGAGAUGACGGCUCCAAGCCAAGCUACCACGCUAUAUCCGAAGAGCGGUGGCAACAUUCAUUGUUUUAAAGCCAUCACCCAUUGUGCUAUUAUUGAUAUCUUAGCUCCACCUUACUCUUCAGACCAUGAUCGACAUUGUACUUACUUCCGGAAAUCCAGAAGGGAAGACUUACCCGGUGAAGUAGAAGUGGAGGGUGAAGUGGUAUCAGACGUGACCUGGCUGGAGGAAUAUCAACCGCCUGAUGAUUUUGUCAUACGACGAGUUCAGUACAGAGGUCCUGUUAUUAGAAGUUGAUUUAUUUGUACGAUGUUAUCUCUCUCUCUUGAUUCCUCUACGUAAUUUGUGAAGCAGGUUUGGAUUUUUAUUUGAUAUCACCCUAUUCUUAGAUUUGGGAUCUUUUUAUAUUAUUGCAAACGGGAUUGUACAUACUGAUUUGCCAUAAGGUUGUCUCCGGUUUCAUUAGUAUUGCAAAAGAUUUAUAGUGGCACUUCCUAUCUUUACAGGAUAAAAGUUUAUUGUUUCAUUUUAGCUGAAUCUUGUGAUAUUUUCAUUCAGUUUAUAACAAUUCAUUCAUCAUUGCAAUUGUAUAUACAUCUUUGAUCUUCGUUUUUCUUACAAACAUAACAUUCAAAGUAUAACCAAACCAAAUGUAAUAAUGGUGUGUAGUAGUAACUCACUGUUUAGUAUAUCAGUCAAUGAUGUCACGGCUGUUCAACUGAUCCUCAAAUCUACUACAAGAACCAACUCUCAUCUCUGUACUCAUAUCAUUCUCAGGCGCUGGAUAAUAGUCUUCUCUAAGCUGCACAUCCCUUAAGUUAGGGAUCCUCAACAAAAAAUUCAUGAAAUGCUCAUGAGCUGUUCCGUGGAUGAAAAGUUUCCUCAGAGUUAAGCAUUCUUGUAACAGACCUGCACCAGGAAGCGAAAGACUCCUCUGGUUAACAUCUCUAUCCUGUGGCGGCCAAUAAUCUAGCUCGCUCAAGCUCAAGUUACCAAUUCCAGUCAAGAAGAACCUUUCCCACAAGCUUAGAUCCAUCUGCAUGGGAGGUGCGGUUAACGCGUAACCGAUUGUGUCACCGCAGUCUAGUUGCAUCUUGGAAAGCUUUGGAUAAAGAGCAAGACAGCUUAAGCCUAGCUCCGGCUCAGAUGGCUUGCGUUUGCCUCUGCAGUCUCCUUCUAUCUUGAUCCUAAUCUCUUCCAAGUUUGGACAGUCUUCUAGUCCUGUCAUAGGUAAUGGUGUUAGAAACUCACCAACAUUGAUCCAUAGAGACAGAUACUCUAGCUUCUCCCACACUCUGUCUUCAGAACAGAACCCAUUCACUUCUUCCUCCGAUGAAUACUUGCACCUCUUCUGACUCCUCUCGUAGUUAUCAUCAUCAUCAUCAUCAUGGUUAGUCUCCUCCACACCUCCUUCCUCCUCUAAACUAGACCACACACAAUCAACAUGCAGUUUCUUGAUCCGAUCAUAGAUAGGCUCAACAGCCUUUAAAGAAGCUGCUGCAUCUAGAUUCUUACAGCAAGAGAUUCUAACAUCAGUCAAAGUCUUCCUCAGAAGAGUAACCAUACUCCUUAUUCCCUUCACUGUCACAUUCUCACACCCUUGAAUCUCAAACUUACUCAGCUUACAACAACCUCUCCCUAUAGCCACCAAACCCAUAUCACUCAAAUCACAAGAGUUUUUAAUCGACAAACACUGUAACCCUCCGCAUAACGCUACACCGUCAAGCCGCCACUCUGUAGCAGAGCAAACACUUUGGAACUGUCCUAACUUCAAAGCUCUCAACUUCUUGCACUUCGAGUUCAAUGCCUCUAACGCCACACCACUCUGCUUCACGUUCUUCCCUACGUCAAGCACAAGCUCCUCAAGACACGGUAAACCUGAGAAAACCUCAACUAAUGUCCCCACCGUGACAGCUGAGUCUCCACCAUCGUUACCUGGAACCGCUCUAGGACUCGUUAGUGCCGCCACCGUGUCAACCAUGUGGAGAACUUUUAGUUUAGGACAGUUGGUUGACACAGCGGAGAGAGUCUCGUCACCUACAAACUCGAAGUAACGUGAAUCAAAAGUGCAAGCUACACGGAAGUCUCUGAGAUUAGGACAAGCUUUAGUGAUAUCAACUAUCUCACUAGACUUGUACCCUUCGUUAAACGACGCCGUUAAUAGAUUCAAACGAGUAAGCUUACCCGCCACGUCAGCGUAACGGAGGAGAACGGGAGGUAAGUCUUCCGUCCAGUGGUAAAAAUCAGAGAGAUCUAAAGACUCGAGGAAGCCGCCACAGUGCUCGAAGAUGGAUACGAAGUCGCCGCCUAGAGGGAUCUCAGAAGCUCUCUGGUGCCAGCGUACGAGCUUGACGUGGCGAAUCCUCGGCCACUGAGGGAGGAGAAGCUCGAGGGAGGAGGGGGAGCGUGCGUAGACGGAGAGGGAGGAGACGGAGGGGAAGCAGAGGCGGAGACGGAGAGCGAGGAGGUUUUGGUGAUCAAUGGGGAGAGAGGAGAGGAGAGAGUGGCCCCACGGGGAGAGGAAGGAGAGAUCGAGGUGAGAGAUGGAUCUGAAACAGCCGGGGAGGAGGUGGAGAUCACGCGCGUUGCCGCGGAGAGUGAGGUGAGAGCGCGUUGAUCUCUCGAGGGCGAGGAAUUUUCGGGAGACGAGGGAGAGGGAGUUGCGAGCUCGUGUGUCGGUGACGAGAGCGGUGAUGUUGGAUAAGAUGACGUCAGGGAGGUCGGAGAGUGUGGUUGUGGUGGAGGAGGAAGCCAUGGGAGAGGAGAGGAGAGGAGAAGAGAAAGCAAAUCUUGGAUGUGUUUUUUUUUUAGUUAACUUCAAGAUUUUAGUGAAGAAGAGGUUUGUGUCGGGAGGACAGGUGCCACGUGGCGAUAAUGACAUUUACUCUGUGUCUUU